GGAAGCACAGACUGGUAUAAAAUACUUAUUACCGUAUACAGGAAACAGAUCGUCAAAACGGAAGGAACGAAAAACUAUUAUGCAGGAAAUUGUUAUAAAUGUCAGACGAGAACAUCUGUAAUUCGUUAAAAAAGUUUAAAAAUGUUUAGAUGUCCAUCGAUUUCUAUUCAAAAAAGAAUUUUGGACAAAAUAGACAAAGUCAAUGCAACCGAUCAGUGGAUGUAUGGUGUUUCCAAACAAUGGAUGGAAGAAUUCAGAAAACAGUUUGAGAACAUGACUGAUACUGUAACCAUUUCUAAUGAAUUGACUUGUUCACCUCUAAAGUCUGAUUUGGAAGUAGAAAAAAAUGUGUUUUUGUCAGAGAAAUGGUGGAAAAUAUUGGUCACAUGGUAUGGUAUUGAAAAGGAAUGUAGUAUAAUAAGGCAUCCAGUGUUCUCAUCUUACAUGACAAUAAUACAUGGUAGCAUUCAACAUUCAGUACUAAGUAAAAAGGAAGUGGAUUAUAUAGAAAUUUCUACUUGUAUGUUUUCAAAUAUUGACGACAAAUCAUCCUAUAGGUCAGUUACUUUGUAUGCUUGGGACAGUUUUGAAUAUUUAGAAAAUCAGUUAAGAAAAAGAUUGGCUUUUUCAUCAAAGGUAAAAGGUCGUUUAUGGUUAAUUGUGCAAGAAAAUGGGAAUGAAAUUGUAUUUGAUAAUCUUGACAAAGUCUCAGUAUCAGUUGUUGCCAAAUUGUCAGAAUAUCUCACUUGGCUGUCUGAAUUCCUGUCCAAGAGAGACCAGCAGACACUUUCAAGAAGUAAUGGAACAAUAGAUCCAUUCCUAUUUGCAGAAAGGAAGGUUCAAAUUAUUGUUGCCAUAGAACCUUUAUCUUUCGAUUUAUAUCACAGUAAAAAAGAUGCUGAUGGUUGGAUACAGUAUGAUGUAGACUUGGGAGGAGAGUGUGAGAGUAUUGUUACCUUGGCAACAAUCAACAAUCACUGGGAUGAAAUUUUCACCAAUUGCCUUGAUGAACUCACAAGGGAGGUAACUGAUAUAACCUUGGACAAACGUGCAACUCUUAUUAAUACAGCGAAGGAUAUUGUAAAUGAAAAGCUUUCACAGACAAAUAUAAUCCAGGUGGAAAUGGAAAAUAAGAUAAAGCAGUCAGAUGAGAAAGACAAACUUCUGAUGAAAAAAGAACGAGAAAUCAAGGGAAGAGAAGAUGAAUUGAAACAAAAACUAGUACAGUAUAAAGAUGGCUUAGAUUCAUUCAUGAAAGAAAAGUGUCGUCUUGAAUUAGAGUGGAAAAAAGUACAAGAACAAAACAUUAUAACUGACUCUCAAAUCAUACUUAAUAUAGGAGGAGAAAAGUUUACAACUUCCUUGACAACUUUAACUAAUGUACAAGACUCUGUCUUUGUUCAUUUAUUUUGUGGGACCUAUAUUGCAAAGCCUGGCAAAGAUGGCAGCUAUUUUUUCGACAGGGAUGGAACUCAUUUUCGUCAUAUUCUAAACUACCUUAGAAAUGGUCCAAAAGCAAUUGCAAGCAUUCCUGAUGAAGAAAGUGUUCUUGAGGAAACUUUGAGUGAUGCAAAAUAUUACAUCUUACCAGAGCUGGAAGCUUUGAUAAAACAAAAACUUGAUAAUUUGAGUGUAAAGUCUGUAGCCAUUGGUGACAUGGAAAUCAUAUCUUAUCCUUCAUUUUCUUCUUACUCCUCUAAAUAAGCAUUAGAAAAUUAAAAUUCAAGACUUUGAAAUCAUAAAUUUUUUUGAUAAAAUUCAUUUACUAGCAAAUAAUUACCUAGUUGGUACAUCUGAUACUACACUAUUGACUUUAAACAUUAAUCCGAUAUUUAACAUCUAUUUGCUGCACUAUUGAAUAAAAACAAUUACUCUA